AUCUGACCGCCGGCCGGCUUCCAGAAUGAGGACCGCUGCCUUCCGGACGCCAGGCUCCGAGACAGAGCUGCCGGCCGCCCUCUGACACUCCUGACCUGCGCAGGCGCGGGAGCCGCAGCGCCAGGAUGGAUAUGAACAUGACACGGCCGGACAACGCCACCAUCCUGAUGCUGCGCGACCCGACCAUCGCGGUGGUCCUGCCCGUCGUGUACUCGCUGGUGGCGCUGGUCAGCAUCCCGGGCAACCUCUUCUCCCUGUGGGUCCUCUGCUGCCACAUCGGGCCCAAGUCCCCGUCGGUCAUCUUCAUGAUCAACCUGAGCGUCACGGACCUGAUGCUGGCCAGCGUGCUCCCUUUCCAGAUCUACUACCACUGCAACGGGAACCACUGGGUGUUCGGGGAGCUGCUGUGCAACGUGGUCACCGUGGCCUUCUACGCCAACAUGUACUCGUCCAUCCUCACCAUGACGUGCAUCAGCGUGGAGCGCUUUCUGGGCGUCGUGUACCCGCUGGCCUCCGCGCGCUGGCGCCGGCGCCGCUACGCCGUGGCCGCCUGCGCCUGCGUCUGGCUACUGCUGCUGGGCGCGCUGUCCCCGCUGGCGCGCACCGACCUCACCUACACCGUGGAGGCGCUGGGCAUCGUCACCUGCUUCGACGUGCUCAAGUCCACCAUGCUGCCCAGCGUGGCCAUGUGGGCCAUCUUCCUCUUCACGCUGUUCAUCGUGCUGUUCUUCAUCCCGUUCGUGGUCACCGUGGCCUGCUACACGGCCACCAUCCUGACGCUGCUGCGCACCUCGGACCCGCAUGGCCGCGGCCAGCGGCGCCGCGCCGUGAGCCUGGCCGUCGUGGUGCUACUGGCCUUCGUCACCUGCUUCGCGCCCAACAACUUCGUGCUGCUGGUGCACAUGGUGAGCCGCCUGUUCCUGGGCGGCAGCUACUACCACGUGUACAAGCUCACGCUCUGCCUCAGCUGCGUGAACAACUGUCUGGACCCCUUCGUGUACUACUUCGCGUCCCGCGAGUUCCAGCUGCGGCUGCGGCGCUAUCUGGGCUACGGGCGGCUGCAGGCUUGCAGCCGCAACACGCGCAGGGACACCCUGUUCUCCGCCCGGACGCUGUCGGCGCGCUCCAUGUCCAGCGGCCACGGCGAAGGGCUCGACGGCCCCAGCCGGCCGUGCCUCCAGAGGCAGGAGAGCGUGUUCUGAGCCCCGCACCCCAGAGUGGGGGCGGGGGUAACGGCUGGAGACGGAGGGGACGGCCCUUCCCCGACGGCCUGCCUGCGGCUCCUACUGCCACAUCCGCCACGGUGCACACGGAGAGGGUCCCCAGAUAGGCUUGCUGCUCCUAUGACGCAUCCGCCCAGUGCGCACAGAGAGGGUCCCCGGGUGGGCUCGAGUCUGGUGUCGCAACACGGCCGCAGAUCAACAAGACAGAACACCCCGCGGUGUAACAGGACGGGACGCAGCGGGCCAGGCCGACUGGCCCUGCUCCCUGAGGAUGACGACCCAACCUGACAGAACAUCUAGCCAGCCCAGCUGAGACCCCAUGGACCCCCAACCUCCGCCUGCCUUGUUCUCUGUGCCUCCUGCUCUGGGAAGCCAGGGACACGUGCUGCUCCCCAGCCUGGUGGCUCCUGGACUUGCUGUUCGUACCAGCCUCAGUCACUGUGCGUGCUGGGAUGCACCCCUACGAGGGCAGACGGGCCCCUCUGGCCUCUGUUCUUCCAGAGCUCACAGGUCCCCUGCACCCCGUGUUACCCGGUCCCCCCAGGAGCAACCAUUGCAAGGCUUUCAAAGCGUUUGGUCACUCUGGUUCCUCCAGCCGCACAAUCUACAAAGAUGUCACAACUUACAAGGUCCAGACAGGAAGGACAUCCAUCCUGAAGGUGUGGGUCAGGCCCCCCAUGCGGGUGGAGGGUCUCUAGGCACAUGAGAUGCUGCUGAGGCUGAGCACUGUGAAGGUCGAUGGCCGUCCGCACCUUCUGCCGGGCUCCCGGACAUGCUUCUGGGUCCAGCUGGCCCCGAGGUGCCCUCUGGCUAGUUUUCGGCCUCCUGCUCCCAGGCGAGAGCCCCUGAGUCACAAGCAAGGCCUCCCAGGGUAUGAGGUGGCCUUGCGCACCUAUCCUGACCCAUGGCACCCUCUGGGACCCAGACACCCCGCAAGACCAUGGACCCCAGAUGCCUGGGGAAGGAUCAGCGCCCGAGGCCCCUUUGUGCCUGCUGGCCGCCUCAGCAUAUGGGCAGGGACAUCCUUGUCUCUUCCUGAGCCCAGGGCACAUCUGGACCAGCCCAGACUCGUGUGCUGUUUCGGGAACACAAGGAACCCCAUCUCCAGGGGGGUCUGGGGUGCCAAAACAGUGGGUUUCCAGGAGCCCGGGAUUUGCCUGAAAUAGCAGUUUGAUACUUCGGUCAUCACAUAGGGCAUGCACGGCCUCGGACUCCGGGACCUCCAGGGAGGAAUGACUACGUGACAGGCAGCCUCCCCACGGCAGGUUCCAUGUACGGAAGGAGAGUGAUACCUGCCAUCCAGGGGCCCCUGGGGGGAAGGGGGACUUGCUCCUGGUGUCACUGCUUCGGAAGGAAAACUGACACGGCUGUCCUCGAGCGAACAGUGACCCCAAGCCCGUGUCCACCCAGGACCUCAGAAUGUGACCUGCUGGAUCGGGGUGACCCUAAAUCCAAUGGCAGGUGUCCUUGUAAGAGACAGAAGAGAGACAGAUGCAGAGGAGAAGGCACGUGAGGACGGAGGCAGAGAUGGGAGGGGCAUGCCCACCAGCCCAGGGACGCCAGGAGCCCCAGAAGCUGGAAGAGGCAGGAAGGACCCUGCCCUGGAGCCUC